AUGGCAGACAGCCUCAUGUAUGGGAUGAGCCCCUCGUACCCAGACUCGGAGGGCCCCGGCUUCAGCGCUCCUCAGCUGGGACGCAGAGGGCACGGGACGGCCUGGACUCCAGCAGGGCGCCCCCUAGCAGCAGAACCAUCAAACCUCCUCAUCCUUUCCAUCUUCUCCUUUUCCACACCAUCAGUGUCUCCACCCCGGCAAAUAGACUCUGUGCACAACAGCGCCCAGCUACCUCACUGCGUGUCCGGGCUGUUGGACAGCAGGUCCACGGGUCCAGAGGCCUCCCUGUCCCAUCGGCUGUCAGCGAUGGACUCACACAUGUCCCAGUUUGGAGGGCCUUUCUGGCAAAAUGGGACACACUCUGGCUCUGGAUACUCACCCUCCAUGGCAGCUCUGCCUGCGUAUCAGCACCCAGGCUCUUUCCCUGGAAGACCCCUCACUCACUCCUUCUCCCUACCGGACUCAUCUGCGUUUAACCCUGGUCUGUUGUCCUCUCAUGAUUAUCUCCUGCACAUGAAAUCCACACCCUCCAGCUUAGCUUUUGGUCAGGUUCUGUCCUCCCAAGAUGCCCUUUUCAGGAGGUCCCAAGAGCCCCAAGUCCCUUCCAAAGCUCACCUUGCCUCCCCGCGGGUGGACCUCCUGUCAGCCCAGCUCCACAGCCAGUCCAACCCACUGUACAACGCCUCAUCAUUCUCCUCCACUCCCGUCCACUCUCAGACUCCGCAGCACAGGGACAUUUCGGCACAAGACAACAUGAUGAAGCGCUACCAAAGCAUACCACCAGGCCAGUCCACAGCCAUGCCCCAGCAGCAGCAGUAUCUCACCUGUGCCAAGUCACCAGACCCCCGGCAAAGAGCAAUCGAACAGCAGGGCGUCCUUUCAGACGUCAAGCCUUCACUGAGGAUGAAUGCCCAGGCAUACUUGUCUCCUUAUGUAUCUUCUGAGGAAACUGGCUACUCCUCCUUGGAAUCCUCUUCAUUCUUGUCCUACCCCCAGCACACACCGCCAUCAGCCUCUUCAUUCUCUCACAGCAGCAGCAGCUCUCUAUCUGCCACAUCUCACCAACGCGUCCUGGACUCUUCAGCAGUGUCCUCUACGGCCUUGUCUGAACCUUCAAACCAAUGCCCGAUGCCCUCUAUGUCCUCCCUCAGCUCCCCAUGUGCACCUAAAUCUCGCAGUCAAAUGAAUCAGAGUCCCCCUGUGUACCAAAGCCAAGCAUUCUCCCCGAAACAACACACGCCCACACUCCCGACCUACUCAAGUCCACGCUACAGGCUUCCUCUUGCCCAGAAUCUUGGCUUCAACAGAGGUCCUGGAAGUUCAAUAUUUAGUGACUCAAGUCUAGACCUAGUUUCUCUGAAAAGGUCAAGCAGUGCAGAAUAUGGAAGUCCUACAUUCUCCUCAGCCAACAGACCUUUGUCGGGACUGACAGCUCAAGGCGGUGACAUGACUUCGGCAGAGAGUGUGGAAUCAAAUCAAGAUGGAAACAGUAGUCCAUACAUUCCAAAGUGCAGAUUGUCACCUGCCAUAAAAGCUGACAUGUAUUCUGGAAUAACAUCUCCUAAAUCUGCCCUUUCCUCUGGCAAUUCACAAACUGGGAAAUGUGCUUCAAUAUUUGACCCUAAAAACAGUGAAGAAUUACGUGUUGAUUCUUUGCUACAAGAUCAGAGUUCCGGUGCCCAUCUUGUGCAGGAUUUUCAGCAUCAGUACUUAGGCACCAACUUGCCAAAGGAACGAGGAGAAUCUUAUGCAAGUCAUGAACCUUCAACUGCUCCACAGAUGGACUUUCAGAGCAACACGCCCGAUAGAACGCCAAAGUCAUCUGCUACAGGGAUUAGUGAGGCCAAACAGUCCCCCAUCAGAACCAACCAAUCCUCUGACACAGCACCACAUACCCUAGGUUCUCUUGGGAACUUUGCACUGGGUAGUCCCUGUGCACCAUAUCCACAUGGUCCGUUCUUGAGUAGCACUAAAGACCAAACCAGCCAUGGGGAGGUGUCUGUGCCAUCAUCAGACCUCUCAGCUCAAGCGUGCAUGCUGCAGUCUGAUCUUUCUCCAGCUACAAAUACCAAGACAGAUCUUCUCAAAGCAUUCCCAGACAAGCAGAACUCUGCGAUGGGUGCGGUGCAUAGCAGAGCCCAGUUAGAGGCAUAUACACAGUCAUCCAAACUGCAGCUGCAUGUCCCGUCACAGACUGUGGAGUCCCAGUACAGUCCCGGAGUACAGCAGAGAGAUCAGUCCCAGUACACUCCCAACCCAGUGCCUGCUCAGGACUUACUGGACCAGUCCCUGCCUCUCUACGACAGCAGGGGCACAGGGGGGGCGAUGGUCCGAUCUGAGGUUGGGAUGACAGUGGAUGGCAGGGAGCAAGGAAGUGGAGCCCAAACACUGUGGAACCCCAGCUCCAAACAAGAUCUGCACCAUCUGAACCAACCUUCUGCCCUCCAGGAACCCCAGCAGCAGCAGAGAACGCAUACCCCCAGCCACCUCCCACAGCCUGGAUUAGAUCAGCGUGUGGGCAUAGCUUCAGACAGGAAUGACAAGCAUUUUGUCCCAUCAGCCUGCUUUUCUGAACCAUUUGUACAUAGUGAAGAUCAGUCUUUCUUUCCAACAAUGGAUGACAUAUUCUGUUCAUCAGAUCACAACACCAGCUGCGCUGCAGACUCUGGUGCCUACCUACCUGAGCAGGAGUGCCAUUCCCAGGGUCAGAUACAAGAGCAUGGCAGUCUGAAAGCCUCUAGUGCUAAGCAGGGUUUUGACAUGUUUAGUCACCAGACUGAAGAACGUUAUGCGCAGUUUUGUCAACAGAACCUGACACAAAAUGACAACAGUUAUUCUGACUUCAUGUCCGUAAAGACUCCAGCCCCUCCCUCUUCAGUGAAUACAGACCAGCUCGGUCUCAUGCAGUCCCAGAGCCUUAAUGCCACACUGGGGUCAAGUGCUACAGGUCUGACAUCACCUGUUUACUCCUCACCCCAACCUAAGAAACUCCUGAAGACCAGUUUCCCUUCACUGUUACAUAGGCAGGAGUCGCAGGUGCAGUCCAAGAAGCACUACGCGCAGGAGUAUGAGUUUGAAGAUGAGGAUAAAGCCGAUGUUCCAGCUGACAUUCGCCUCACAGGUCGGCGUUUUCCAGAUGUGCUCCCUGACUUGGUCUCCAGCUGUCGCAGGGCGGGAGGGUCUAUGAAUAGUUCAAGUCCAAUGAUGGAUAUGGACUUUUGCUACUCCAAUUAUAACUCCCUAACCCCUCCACAAACUCCGGGCAUGGAUGGUCCCAGAAAAAGAGGCAGGAAACCUACCAAACCAAAACGUGAAGGACCUCCUCGACCCCGAGGACGCCCUCGUAUACGCCCUCUGCCUGAACCGUCUGUGUUCCGCGGUCAGACUCGAGGGGCUGGAGGCAGAGGAAGAGGUCGGGGUCGGGGGCGAGGUCGAGGCAGGGGAAAGAGAGAUGACAGUCUUCAGGGUUUCAACAAGAUGCCAAACAUGCCGUAUCAUUGUGAACAAUAUGUUCCCCCGCAGUAUGUCAUGCAGUCUCAACACAGAUAUGAGCCAGGCCCCACCCCACUGCUGCCCCCACCCCCGAGUCCUCUGCAGCUGGCCUCACAGCACCCAGCACCCAGCCCUCUGCAAAUGACCUCACAGCACCCAGCACCCAGCCCUCUGCAGAUGACCUCACAGCACCCAGCACCCAGCCCUCUGCAGAUGUCCUCACAGCCCUCCCAGACACAGCCCUACAUGCAAACACACCAUCACAUACAGCAAGUGCAGCCCUAUCAGCAACUUCAACAACCACCCGAGGAGACAGUCAAGUUAGACUUUUCGUCCCCCAACAUUCCUACGGCAGACUCCCUCCUGAGAGCAGAGUCCUUCCCGGGGCCUGAGCUGGCUCUGUCUGAUGGUUUAGGUACUUCCGCUCCAUUCCUGGGCCUUAGUCCUGGACCCAGCACAACGCCUGACUUUAGCAGAAAUGAUCCACAGCAGAUGCAAGAUCACAUGCUACAGCCAGAGUCCACAGAGGUUGCAAUGAAUAAGGAAAACUAUGAUUUACUUAACUGUGAUGGCUGGGUUGCAGUGGACAAGUUUCCAAGUCUUGAUGAUGAAAAAACUUUUGAUCUUAAGCCAGAUGUAGUAGGCUCUUUCUUGGACUUUCUCAAAACGGACAACAAGCAGUCAACUCCAGAGACAGCAGAGAGCCGAGGCGAGCUGAACCUAGACUCAGCCCCUUCACCCGCUCCCUCCCAACAUACCUCGAGUGAGGAGGACAAGGCGGUCCCAUGCAGCUCCAGUCCCAGUGGGCAGCUAGACCAGGAGCUGAACGGAAACCUGGAAGCCUUGCCCUCCUUCUCUUCGGACGAGGAGGAUUGUGUGGGCAAGAAUGGAGAUCUCCAGCAGAGCAUCACCUGCGCCAUCUCCACUCUCUACGACAACCCACGUCUGCUAGCAGCUGCCACGGCCUCGAUCACCGAGCAGCACCAGUCCAAUCUCCAAACUAACGCUGCAGAACAGAGCAUGGUCCCCGAAACAACCCAACUCCACUCUGCAACACAAGAACUGCAAAACCAUCAUGGGACAUCCAAUGUUCAAACCCACGAUAAUGGACUUCAAAGCUUAUCUCCUGAACCGGUGAUGGACAAUGAGCUAGUGUCUCAUGAAGAAGAGGAAGAAGAGGACAAAGCAGAGACAGCAGAUGAGGACCGGAGUGAAGAUGCUGAUCCACUGCAGGAAGACACUGUUGAGCCUGAGUGUCCAAUAGAAGAACAGCAGGAUAUUCCAGAGAUGGUUGAAGGAGCUGUGCCUGAUCAUCUGUCCUCACCACUGCCUGUAGAUGACCUACCCGUGUCAUUAUCCUCUGAACCUGUCGAAAACCAGUCCGAACCUCCUCUUGCCCAACACCUGUAUGACCCACCACCUCCUCCUCCAAACCCCAUCGUACAGCCCUCCACCCCUCCACCCCCAGUGUCCUUGGACCACACCCAGGAUCUGGCUGUGUCUUCUCCUCCCUCGCCAUCUUCAUCGUCCACACCUCCACCAACACCACCCACCCCAGAGGAGGUCCAGGCCCCACAAAGGGUCACCUCGCUGCACCUGGCCAAGAAGCAGGCUAGUGCAGCGAUCGCCGGGGAGAGCGAGGAGGAGGGCAGCGAGAGCGAGGGAGAAGGGAUCUUCCGUGAACGGGACGAGUUUGUGGUGCGAACUGAAGACAUUGGAAGUUUAAAGAUGGCAUUGCAGACAGGCAGGGAACCGCCACCUAUCUGGAGAGUGCAGAAGGCCUUGCUCCAAAAGUUUAGUCCAGAAAUUAAAGAUGGUCAGAGACAAUACGGUGCUACCAGUAACUAUCUGGGAUAUUUUGGUGAUGCUAAAAUACAAUACCAACGAUUGUAUGUGAAGUUUCUGGAGAACAUCAACAAGAAAGACUAUGUCCGAGUGUGCUCCCGCAAGCCAUGGCACCGGGCCUCUCUGACUGUGAGACGACAGCCACUCCACAACCAUCUGAGCUCCAUUCUUCAACAGUACCCACCUCAAAAUGAACGCCACCAGUCAACAGAGGAAGAGAGCAGAGUGAGGGAAGGCAUCAGGAGAGAGUCUGAGAGGAGAGAGAGCGAGCGGAGAGAGAGUGAAAGGAGAGAGAGCGAGAGGAGAGAAAAUGAGAGAAGAGAGACGGAGAGGAGAGAGACCGAACGAAAAGAAGGUGAGAAAAGAGAAUGCGAAAGGAGGGAGGCUGAGAGGAGAGACAGAGAGCGAAGAGAGAGUGAGAAAAGAGAGAGUGCAAGGCAGGAGAGUGAGAAGAGAGAGACAGAAAGGAGAGACAAGGAGAAGAGAGAGAGUGAGCGGAGAGAAAGAGAGCAGAGAGAAAGUGAGAGGAGAGAGAGUGUGAGGAGAGAGACAGAGAGGAGGGAAAGUGAAAGGAGAGAGACAGAGAGAAAAGAGGGUGAGAGGAGAGAGAGAAGAGAAGCUGUAGGAGACAAAAGAGAGAGUGAUAAAUGCAGUAACCAACACCAACAGAAGAGCAGAGAGAGGCUAGAGAGAAAAGACAAAGAUGUGGCUGUGCUGAGGAGGGAGCAGAGCAGCAGGGCCAGAGAGAGAGUGUCAGAAGGCCAGGAAAGCAGGGUCAGAGAGAGAGAGGAGCAGGACAGAGAGGUCAGAGAGAGGGGGUCAGAAGGUCAGGAGAGUAGGGUCAGAGAGAGAGAGGAGCAGGACAGAGAGCCAGAGCCGGUCUCAGAGGACAGGAGCAGAGUGGACCCAGAGCCAUUAGAGCCUCCACUCAAGAGGAGCAGGACGAGCGCAGAGCAGAGGUCUUCUUCCUCCGAGUCCGACUCUUCACCUGCUAGUGACGAAGACACACACACUGCCUGUUCUGCUCAGAGAGGCCUGAACAGCCGAGGCCUGAGGGACCUAUUCAGGAGUUAUGUGGAGAUGCUGGUCAGCACUGCCCUGGACCCCGACAUGAUCCAAGCCCUGGAGGACACUGAUGAUGAGCUGUACCUCCCGUCCAUGAGGCAGAUCGACGGCCUCCUCAGCGGUCAGAAGAGGAGACUGUUACUGCGAGUCAACAUGUCUGCUCCUCAUCAGGAGGCUCUGCAUGUCUUCCCUAAGCUGACCGCGGACCCCCUGGACUGUGGGGCGGUGCGGGUGAGCCUGAGCGGGGAGAGCUACAAUCGUAAAACGCUGAAUCGAGCCAAGAGAAGGACCUCCAAACAGCAGGAGCUGCAGCUGUCAGUGGAAACCUGCCGUAUCUACUCUUUGUACCACGCCCUGCACCACUACAAAUACCAUACUUUCCUGCGGUGUAAGAAAGAGACGGUGAGCAUGGAACAGGCCUCAGAGGACCCCGGGCAGGAGGAGGUGGUGCAGCGCUGUAUGGCCAACCACGGCUGGAUCGACAAGCUCUUCGGCUCCUUCAUGGAACUGCUCAGCCUCAGCGCCAAAGCCUGA